UUCUGGUUCGCCGCUUAUCUUGCUGUUUCUUCGCCGCUGUUCGGCUGCCGCUUGAGAAUCAGAAGGCGGCUGAUCUUAUUAUCCAACUCUUUCCUCCUCCUCGCUAGGCACAUAUAAGGGAAUUAGAUUACUCCCGUUUCAGUCCACCCUCAGCUUCAGAGUCUUACUCUUCAAAUCGCAACGUACAGCUUAUCCAGAAGGCCGUGUGCCCCUCCUUUCUAGCUCGACGAGUCUGCUAGUGGUGCUUCUGAUCCAUGGGUAGUCCCAUUCCUUCCGACGAGAAUAUGACAGACCAUUCGGAACCUCCGACGAAAGUAGACAAUAAAGACCCUGUUACUGCCGCCGCCGAGCCGCAGGAUAAACCGUCCGCUAGGGAAUCAUGCUUCAGCACGGACCUACUAAAAAUCUACUACCGCCGUCUGUUCCCCUACGCGGAUAUGGCUCGCUGGCUCUCGUACGGCAACGACAGGAAACUUCCCGGAACCGACGCGUCGUAUCUCCAGCGGCGCGAGUUCUCGUUCACUCUGGAGCACGACAUCUACGUGCGCUACCAGUCGUUCCGCGAUGCGUCGGACAUGGAGGCCGCUAUCCGCGAUAAGAACCCGCAUAAGAUCGACAUAGGCGCGGUGUACAACGUCGAUCCGGCGCGGCGAGCAGCAUAUCAGGGGAUCGGGUCAGAGAGCGCGUUCGCACCCGUUGAGAGAGAGCUCGUCUUCGAUAUUGACAUAAGUGACUAUGACGACGUCCGCACGUGCUGCUCAGGGGCAUCUGUCUGCACCAAGUGUUGGCCGCUUAUGACAGCGGCAAUCAAAGUCGUUGACACCGCUCUUAGAGAGGACUUCGCGUUUGAGCACGUUCUGUGGGUGUUCAGUGGGAGGCGAGGGGUGCACUGCUGGGUGUGCGACAGACGAGCCAGAAGAUUAACCAAUGAGCAACGGUCUGCUGUGGCGGAAUAUUUCCGAGUGUACAAGGGAAGCGAAGCCAACGCCAGCAAAGUCUCCUUCACUGGCGCUGCCCUGCACCCAUCCCUCAUGAGGGCAUACGAUCAAGUGUUGCGAGGCACGUUUGAGAACGAAAUGCUUCCCAAUCAGGAGCUGCUGAGCCAACCAGACGCAUGGAAGAGGGUGCUAGCGCAACUGCCGGACCAAGAGCUGCAGGACCGGAUGGAUGCCACGUGGCGCAGCGACAGGCGUCUAUCGGCAGCUGCUGACGUCAACGUGUACAGGUGGCAGCAGCUGGAGGCGACAACACGAGCAGCUGCCAAAAAGAACACAUCCCUGCGCAAAGCAGUGGAGGAAAUCGUCUUCGCCUUCACGUACCCUCGCCUUGAUCUAGAGGUGUCUAAGCACAUGAACCAUCUCCUCAAGGCGCCAUUCUGCGUGCACCCUAAGACAGGUGCUGUGUGUGUCCCAAUUGACCCGGCCAACUGUGCUGACUUCGAGCCAAGUCAAGCCCCCACACUCAAUCAGCUAGUGGAAGAGAUCAAUGCGGCUCACCGCCCCCCUGACGGCAACUCUGCUGCAACCUCAGGCAUCGAGGCGACGUCACUCGCUCCUUCCAUAAAUUUCUUCCGAGAGAGCUUCCUGCAGCCAUUGCUGGCUGCUUCCAAGGAGGAGCUGGAGGCCGCACAUAAGCAAAAGCUGCACAAUGUUGCAGGUGCCAGAACAGUGGACUGGUAGUGCAUCACAGUAUACUCCAGUCGAACUGGCGUGAAUGUACAUGCUAAGGAAUGCUGCUACAGUUGUGUCUCUUGUUAUAAAUAAUUCACAUCUUUCUUAGAAACUUUUCCUAGUGGCAUUGGCCAGCUAAGCCAACCAUUCACACAU